UUGACAUAGGUAUGCAAAUUAAAACCUUACAAUAUCCAUAUAUGUUCGUAUAUUUGCGCGGCAAGCACAUAAUUGUACCUUUCCCCAUAACAAAUGAGACAGUGCAUUAUCAAGGGGUUGUAUCCAUAAAAAUCUGCAACCUUAUCUUCAAAUUGGAUUCAUGUUUAAGAGCUCAAUGCGAAAUUGAAUUGCAGAAGGCAAAUGAAUUUGAGGAGGUUUGUAUGAAGUGAUUCAGGCUUGAGGAGCAGAAUCAGCAGGAACAAUGCAGGGGCCUACAUGCAUUAAAUCCUCUUCAUUUCAUAGAAAUAUAAGUACAAAUUAUCCGGUUUGUUGUUCUCUGCAGAGAAGAAUUUCUAUCUACUGUAAAGGAUUUGGUAGCAAUGAAAAAAAGAACAAGGCUUCGAAUAAGUCAGCAAAGCCGCAAAAGGCCGUGACCCUUAAACAGGGCUCUCCUCAAAUCAAGAAAAUCUUAGAAGAAGUAGAAAAGGGAAAACUUAACAUUGAUCCAGAAGUUGCUGCAAAGGGAAAAGUAGAUUUUGUACGGGUGGAAUCAUGGGGAAAUGCAAGUGAUCCAGAAAGUCAACUAGAAAAUUUGAAAAUGAAAAGUUUCAGCCCAUCUUUUACAUCAUUAGAUCAAGAAGCUCCGUUCUAUGAACAAAUUGUUCGCCGACUACAACUUUUUGAGGCUAAGGGAGAUAUCAAGAUUGUUCAGGCAAAACCAUUACCUCCAUUUGAGAGGUGGCUGUUUCGUGAGCAUAACUAUCUCCAAUUCUUGGUAGAUCAGCUGGAAGUUUACACGGCUUUGGAGAAUGCAGUAUCAAGUGUAGAACAAGAAAGGUGUAGGACUGAGGACAAAUCAAGUUCAUCUGGUCCAGCAGCAAUGGCUGUUAGCAUCUUUGGCAAGAACUUGGGGUUAAACAGGUUCUAUGUUAAGUUCAACAUUCUCUUCAUCGUCACUAUCGGACAUAACCUCAAUGUUCUUAAUGCAGACAUUCAAUCAUUAUAUUCAGUAAUGACCUCCAAAUCUGUAGAACAAAAUGCAGAAUUGCCGAAAUCUACAACUCAGGCUGUGGCAUAUGCGAAGUAUGUAGAUCGUCUAGGAAGGAUUGCUGCAUUUGAACAAAAUGGGAAGGAGGGAUGCCUACGUUUGCUGUCUCAUGUUUUUUCUAUUCACGUUUCUCACCUAACGACAGGAAUGCGAAUUGGUGCCAAAGCUGUGGAUUCUUUCCCAUCUCUAGUCGAGGGGAGGGCUGUCGGUUUCUAUCGUGAUUAUCCACAGCGAGCUGCCGAUCCUCUCAAAGUAUUCAUAGCAGCUGUGAACAAAGCAGGCAGAUUCAUCAAUGUUGAGGAUGAUCGUGAACAGGUUAUGGUGGAACUUCCUAAAGCCAUUCAAAAGACAAGCUUGCUUUUGGCUGUUCUUGCAGUGGAAUAACUUCCAAUUUCAAAAAUUUCUCAUGCCUGAAGUAGGUGUGGUAACUUUAUGAUUGGUCUUUAUGGGCACACCUACCUUAGCAACCUUUUAAGAAAUUUGUAUGGGCCCAUUCAGUUUUAAUACAAUAUACAGUAUGUUUGUUCAUAGCAUUUAGAAAGACAUUGAGAAUUUCAAGUAUUUUCUGUUCAAAUAGCUAACUUGAUGAGUGUGGCCUUGAAAAUUUAAAAUUUUCAAUAGACAGUCUCUUUCUUUUUUCCUUCCAAAUUUAGUCAUAUAAUUUAAACUUGAAAUGAAUUGCUAUCCUUGACAUCUACAUAUUUAAUUUUCUGUGGACGUAUUCUAAGGGCAUAUUUGCCAGUGAUAUGUUUAUAUAAAUUUUAAUCAAUUUUGUUUAA